CACUUCCGCUUUCUUUCUGUAGCAGGAACCGUGGCUGCUGAGCAAAAGCGGGGAGCGGUGACCAUUGACCCUUGGCUCGGCCGCAUAGCUGGUGCCGGCCGGGAGCCCCGCGCGUGAUGUUGGUGCUGCUGCUGCUGCUGCUGCCGCCGCCGCCCCUCGGCUGGGCCGUGGAGGUCAAGAGGCCCCGGGGGGUCCCCCUCACUAAUCAUCACUUCUAUGACGAAUCCAAGCCUUUCACCUGCCUGGAUGGCUCGGCCACGAUCCCUUUCGAUCAGGUUAAUGACGACUACUGUGACUGCAAGGAUGGUUCGGAUGAGCCGGGCACAGCUGCCUGUCCCAAUGGUAGCUUCCACUGCACCAAUGCGGGCUAUAAGCCCCUGUACAUCCUGUCCAGCCGCGUCAAUGAUGGCAUUUGUGACUGCUGCGACGGGACCGAUGAGUACAACAGUGGCACGGUGUGCGAAAACACUUGCAAAGAGAAGGGUCGAAAGGAGAGAGAGUCCCUCCAGCAGAUGGCAGAGGUCACCCGAGAGGGCUUCCGCCUGAAGAAGAUCCUUAUCGAGGACUGGAAGAAAGCUCGGGAGGAGAAACAGAAAAAGCUCACUGAGUUCCAGGCUGGGAGGAAGUCACUGGAAGACCAGGUGGAGGCCCUCCGGACUUUGAAGGAGGAGGCUGAGAAGCCAGAGAAGGAAGCCAAGGAGCAGCACCGGAAGCUGUGGGAAGAGCAGCAGGCUGCUGCCAAGGCCCAGCGCGAGCAGGAGCGGGCGGCUGACGCUUUCCGGGAGCUAGACGACAACACGGAUGGUGUGGUCUCGGUGGCCGAGCUACAGAGCCACCCGGAGCUGGACACGGAUGGUGAUGGGACACUGUCUGAAGGGGAGGCCCAGGCCUUGCUCAGCGGGGACUCACAGACAGAUGCCAGCUCCUUCUACGACCGAGUCUGGGCCGCCAUCAGGGACAAGUACCAGUCAGAGGCACUGCCUACUGACCUGCCGGCACCCCCAGCCCCAGAGGUGACAGAGCCUAAGGAGGAGCCGCCAUCCGUGCCAACCCAUCCCAUGGAGGAGGAGGAAGAGGAGACUGAGGAGGAGGAAGUGGAGGAGGAGGAGGAGGAGGAGGAGCAGGAUUCCCAGGAGGCCCCGUCCCCACUCGAGCCCCCACUGCCGGCCAGCCCCAGAGAGGAGGACAAGAUGCCCCCUUAUGACGAGCAGACACAGGCCUUGAUCGAUGCUGCCCAGGAGGCCCGCAGCAAGUUCGAGGAGGCUGAGCGGUCCCUGAAGGACAUGGAGGAGUCCAUCAAGAACCUGGAGCAGGAGAUUUCCUUCGACUUCGGCCCCCAAGGGGAGUUUGCCUACCUGUACAGCCAGUGCUAUGAGCUCACCACCACCGAAUAUGUGUACCGGCUCUGCCCCUUCAAACUCGUUUCCCAGAAGCCCAAGCUCGGUGGCUCCCCCACCAACCUUGGCACGUGGGGCUCCUGGGCAGGGCCUGAGCACGACAGGUUCAGCGCCAUGAAGUACGAGCAGGGCACCGGCUGCUGGCAGGGCCCCAACCGCUCCACCACGGUGCGCCUGCUGUGCGGGAAGGAGACCAUGGUCACCAGCACCACUGAGCCCAGCCGCUGUGAGUACCUCAUGGAGCUUACCACGCCCGCUGCCUGCUCAGAGCCGCCACCCGAGCUGCCUGCUGACAGCGACCACGACGAGCUAUAGCCCAGCCAGGCCAAGAAUCUCAAGGCGGGAAGCAGCCUGGCCGUGCCUCCCACUACCCUGUCUGUGGACCAAGGCCAAGGCUCCUGGGGUCCUUAUCCCCUCUACGGAACAGGACCUUUUGCCUCUGCCCCCCACUCCCCAGGACCUGGCUGGGCUGAGCCACAUUUCUAGGCCCCUGUGGCCUCCAAAGAUGGGUUAGAGGAGCCCCUUCCCAGUACCCCACCGGUGCCCGAUCCCCAGUCCCCACCUGGUGGGGUGGUUCACCCUGACCCUAGUCGCCCCCUCCCCCUUAUGGUGGGGCCAGCGAAUGACUUCAUCUGUGAUCUGGAACAAUAAAUGUGACUCCACCCCCA